AUAAAUAUCAAAUUCCUGGACAAUUAUCGGGUUGUCGGUGGCAGUAAUAAAUGCAAACUGUUCGGGCAACAAAAAAAGAAUACCGGGGAUCUCAUGAAUUGUACCCUUCGUAUUCCUUUCUUGAUUCUGUUCUAUGAACGUCUGAGAAUAAACGUUUUGAUAAAGGCAAUCAAUUCAGAUUGCAAACAUGGGGAAAAAGGAAGAUAUCUAAUCACCAUGAAUGAUGACCUUGCUAAUAUUUUAUUUACAGGUAAUCAGGUAUGGCUGAGUCAGAAACAACGGAUUCGAAGAAAGUGGAAGAUGAAACCAAUACCGGUAGGUGACUGAAAUGGUAACAGAGACAGAGAAAAAAAAGGAAAAUAAAUGGAAGGAAGGAAGGAUGGAGGAAAGGAGUGUUUCAUUGGUUUCAAUUUAACGACCGGGUGGAUGAUUUGAUGCAUGCGUAGGCAAAAAGAAAGAGCUGAACCAGCAUUCAUCUUGGUUAAAGCAAUUUUUUGUGCUUGCAUAUUUUUGUGGUAAACUAAAACCCAUCUUUAUGCCGAUUUGCGACGUGAAACACAAGGCCAAAGUAUGAUUUCAAAUGGAAUUAUUGUCUGGUGAAACGAACUAUCUAAACCCAUCAUUUUUCUCCUACCUUUACACCCUCAGCGGAAAAAGUCCAAGGAAAAAAAAGAGUGCGAAUAAAUGAGGAUCCACUGCUGCACAUAGUUGAUGACUGUAAAAGUAGCAGGGCGGCACGAGUGCCUUCGUUCUAUAUUGGAAAGCCGCUGAUCGAUUUUGAUGGAGGCAUCGCAAGUGUAAGUAGAACUCAGUUGUUGACAUCUAAACUUACAGUUACGGUAACAGGCGAGUGUACUCAGAAGUAAAUUUAUAACAGCUUACAGGCAUGAUAUGCAUCCUACCUUUUAUAGUCAUUUAUUGAUAGCAUGUGAAGGAUGUUCUUAAACAAGGUGGUGAGUAUUGAAAACGAUUUUGCAAUAGGCAAGUUGCACUAAGAGAUCACGUGGUCAAUGCUUUCUUUAAGCCAUAAAUUGGAAUCUUGCUGGUUCAAAAAAUUGACGGAGCGCAUAAAAAUUAUCUUACCCCGAAAUUUGAGAGAAAACGCAUUUAAGGGAGAUAUUUUAUGGCACUUUGAUUUUUCAACAAAGUAGUAUGAUUUGUAUUGGUCGCCAUGUUGGAGGGCGUACUCUUGCCCUUUAACAUGGCGGCCAAAACUACUUUUUGCUUGUAUGUUAUUACACGUUAGAUAGUUACGCUCAGAUGUACUGAAAACGUUACCACAUCAUCAUUCAACAAUUUCCUGGAAGUUUAAGUGCAAAAUUUCUGUUCAGAAAGAGUUAAUUCAUAGUUUUAAAAAUCACAUUUUGGUCACGUUACCAGCUACGAACGUACUCAUUACGAACAUGGUGGGGGGUUGAGAAGCUAAAUCACUAUUAUUUUGUUUAAGAUAUGACCCACUAAUUGGUUUUUUGAAGGCAAAAUCAUAACUUUCAUUUUUAUACAAAUGAUGUCGUAUGAACUGGUGAUGCAAAUGGCCUAUUGGCUGUGCAAGCCUACUGAAGAAAGUUGCGGCUCUUUUAGCCCCAUACUCACAACCUCAAAUUAACUAACAAAUAUUUAACUUUUGACGUUUGACCCUACCUAGCGUUCCUUCUGGAAGUGUGUAAACGCAAGCUAUGGAACACUUUAAUGUUUCAUUCCUUGUAUCUGGGGCUUUUUAAGAAAUAUUUACUCUACGUCGGUCGUUGUUUUUCAGCAGCCUUCCAAAGACACUUUUUUGGUGGUAAGCCGUCGUGGAAAUUCCAGUGCAGAUCACGUGUUCCGAUUCAACAAAGCAAAUUCACUGUGUCUCUUUGGACCUCUAAAUCCCAUCAGGAGAUUUGCAAUUCGCCUGGUCACUAACAAGUAUCCUUUUAACCAAAGGUUAACAUAUUCUGCAAAAAUGUGAAUGCCAAUGUGCCCUGCGAGCAGUGGUUUCGUCAGGCCGGACGCUAUGCUUCGUAGCGUAGGGUCCGGCCUUGAGAAACCACUGCUCGCAGGGUAAUGCCAAUGUAACUUUCACUGCAAAUGCAAAUAAAUGUAACACUUGAGCAAUCGUUCAAUGCAAGUUUGUGCGUUCCAGAUCGAAGUAGAAACACCUCUAGACCGAAUUACUAAUGAUACUAAACACAGACCGUAAUGUUUGGGCAACGCAGUUUAUUGACUAGCAGAAUAGACUCAAGAUCAAUAAAUUACCGAUAAGGGUGGAGUUGGCGCGGAAACGUUGACUAGCUCCUCACUGAAUAAAAGGCUGAGCAAUCUGAAAAACGAUUGAGGCAGCUACUACUGACAGUUAUGGGGCUUGUUCUCUAUUGGUAUUACCCUUCAUCACUUUGGGUGAUUUUGGUACUGCUGAGAAUAGUGUCUCGAGUUGUUAGGCGUGUGUUCAUGCCACCGUGCCAUCCUUGUUUUACUGCCUGGCAGUUGAAUGCGUUUAAUGGAUCUAUUUAGUGAUUUUGUUAAGUGUAACCAUUCCCACCUGAUUCUCGUUGUCCUCCCUCUUUCUCCCAUGAAUUAAAACAUGAGUUUAGACAUUAAACGAUCCCGUUGAAUGGUACCGUAACCUUUAUUAAUCAUUUAUAGUUUGAAUCUGUGUUUGAAGCAGAUUAAUUUUCCUUAACUUUCAUUUUAGAUAUUUUGAAUCAUUUGUUAUCCUUACCAUUCUAAUAAACUGUGUUUUUCUUGUACUUGAAAACCCACCCGAUGAAGCAGAGUAAGUAAACCGAAACUUAGUUACUUUUUAAACUCAGAGCUUAGCUUUUUAGUGAUAUCCGCGCGUUCUCGUUCCAGUGUAUUGGGAAUUCAAAAUACCUAAAAAUAAUUCGCUAAGAUUUUCGAAUUCCUUUGGGUCACUUUUUACACAUAGCCUGCUUAUACAACCGUUUCUCAUCGCGCCACCAGGGAUAUUUCGCAAAAUGUCCUUAGCAGUAAAAAGUGAAUAUUUCUGGGGAUUCUUGAGAAUCCUGGGAAAUUUUUUGGUCAGUAAUUAGCAUCCUAAUAGUCUUUGGAUUAAAACAGUAAGUCUUUCAUCUUUGGAAAUCCCGAAGAUUGUCGAGAAUAGUUAAAACAAUACAAAACAAAACAAAAAUACAAGCAUCCUCAGAAAUUCCCAGCAAUUUCUAAGUAUUUUUAUGUUGUCUUCUAACUAAAAAAAUACCAAGUGCUGCAUUUCCAUUUUUCAUGUUCUGUUACAAGUCAUUUUCCUCGUCUAAUUUUUUGUUUCCCUUGAUGCGACUUAGGGCCUGUUAUCUCAAGCAUUUUAAGGCAUGACCCAGAUCCUAAUUUGCAUAAAAUCAGUAAAGAAUCGUAAUUUUGACAAAAUAUACCUCAACAGCAUCAAACUUGGAAAUAACAUAAAACUUAAUGUCCUUAAAUUAUUACCCACUCUAAGGUUUGAAUUUUUGCUUGACGUGACCUUUUAUUACAAUUUUUUUAAGCGAAGAGAAAAGUAAAAAUGUGCCGCCGAAAUGACGUAUAUAAACGAAAUAUAACAGGUAUAUUUUGAAACACUAACAUAUUUCAGUGGUUGUCCGCUUUAUGAAUCUGUCCUGAAUGGCCCACCACAUAUAAACCGUUAGAGAGUUUUUUUUUCCAAAAAUAGGUCACGUGACCUUUUUAACAGUUUUAUAACUCUUUACAAAAGCCCAAAAAGGUUCCUGCUCUUUAAUGAAAUAAGAUUUUUCGCCAUUCAGGAAACAAAUUGUAUUUAUGCAUCAAUCAUACAGCAUGUUUGUUUGGCCGCCAAUAUCAAAAGUCAUUGGCUUGUUUUAGUCGUCACUUUUCUUCAAUUACGACGUCAUCAGACAAGUGACUGCUGUUAUUAAGCCUCAGAAGGUUUAAGGAUGACAAAGUAUUUCAUCUAAUUCUUUUAGUGGUGGUUAAUAUCAAAAGGACAUCGCUUUUACUAGCAAAAGUAGUUGUCUUCGUGGGAGGACUUAGCUCGAGGGACGAGCCAGGCCUUAAGUCAAGUCAAGUCAAAUCAAGUCAACUUUAUUUUGGCAGGGUAGCCCUAUCAGCCAUUGGCUAGUACCAUAAGAGGCCCUGAGCAAAUUACGGCUACACGAUAAAACAACAACAUGCCUAUAUCAUGCUUAAGUUUACAAGGGGUGAGCCAGCCAGGUCAGCCUGGCUGGCUCUGCUCAGAUCUUUUUUCCUCAUAGAAAUUGUGUCGUGUUUAUGAGAAGGCGGACUGACUAUCCCUAGCUCUAGCCGAGAUCUCACCCAUAUAAAUCAGAUCAUCAUCAUCGUCGUCGUCACCACCACCACCAUCAUCGUCAUCAUCACCAUCACCACCAUCACCAUCACCUCCAUCAUCAUCAUCAUCAUCAUCAUCAUCAUCAUCAUCAUCAUCAUCAUCAUCAUCAUCAUCAUCUUCUUCUUCUUCUUCUUCUUCUUCUUCUUCUUUUUCUGUAUAUCGUAUAGUGCAUCUUUCUAUUGUGUAGGGCAGUGGCCGUCGAAAACAAAACCGUUCUUGUCUGGCGCAGAUUGACAUGACGACUCUCUCAGCUAAUGCUGGAUAAACGUUCUUUUUUACCAGGUACGUAUUUAGUGGAAUUUACACCAUGGAGAUGGUUAUGAAGAUUUUGUCGCGUGGAUUUAUAUUUCAUACCCACGCAUACCUUAGAGAUGGAUGGAACUGGCUGGAUUUCAUAGUAGUCCUAUUAGGGUAUGGUGUAUUAAAUAGCAGAUAAAAUGAACAACAUGUUCCUUAAAUGUAACGUUGUGAUGCAUUCUCAUAACCUGAGCGGUGGUUUACUCCUACGGGCAUAAGCGCGGAUAACAUCUUUCCCCGGGUGAACUCUCAUAUAAAAGUGACUGAAAUGCUCAUCGUCUAGCUUAGAGGUAUAUUGGAGUUAGCCCCUGGGCAUCUUCCAACAAUAAUAAAUUCAUACUUGAGUAAUAUUACAAUCUAUUAUAAUACUUAUAGACACUCAACUAAGCAAUAUAUUCAAAGAAAGUUAUCGCUCAAGAAAAAAUGAGAAAAAUGUUUUUGAGCGAUGAAAUUGACGUUGCAUCUUCAAGUUAUCACGUCUAAAGAAACUGAAUUUUAUAGAUGAAAUUUUUGUUCUCUAAAUGUUAAGGAAGAACCAGACGGCAGAAACUUUGAUUUCUUCAGGUAUAUCACCAUGGCACCAAAUAUCGCUAACUUGACGGGAAUCAGAACAAUUAGAGUGCUUCGCGCCUUGAGGACCAUCUCUGCCUUGAAAGGUAAAUGUAGGUGUGUAGCUUACGUUACGUACAUAGUAGCAAGAUGUAUUUAAAACCACGAUGAGGCAUAUGAAACACGUAGUGGCAUAUUAUUUACUAUUAAUAUUUUUUACUUAUAACUAAUGGGAUAUCCUUUUAACCUCAUUUGCUUUAAGGUCUCCGUGCAGUGGUGAAUACAUUAUUGUCUUCUCUGAAGCUGUUGAGUGAUGUCCUGAUUUUGUUUAUAUUCUUUCUCGGUGUCAUGGCGCUUAUUGGACUACAGCUGUUUUCUGGACAACUGAGAAACAAAUGUGUCCUCAAUAUUCAGUAUGGUAAUAGUACGGAGAACAAACAGGAGCGAGCUCUAAACGAAAGUAAGACAUGUAUCUAAAUUAAAUUAGGAUGUAAUAAAUUGGGCGGCAUUAGGCCAACUAUACAUAAGCACAAGGCUACACUGAUGUGAUGAUGUGUUAUCAUCACCAUGAUGAUGUGUUAUCAUCACCAUUAAUAUCAUCAUAACAUGACAAUUACUAGUAUUGAAUGAGGCUGAGUUUGAUCUGAAGAAUUAUGCAGAUCAAGGAGAAUUUUAUCCACGGGGGCCGAAGGCAGAGGCGGACAAAAUCCUCCGAGAUCAGCAUAUUUCUUCGCGUGAUACGAAAGCUGGAUUCAAUAAAUGUCAUUAUUAUUCAUUUAAAAUAUUUCUCCUUUUCUGAUUGGCUAAAAUCCCAUGGAUAAUUCAUCAUAACCAGCAGUUGUUGACCAAAUUUGGAAGAAGUUUGCGAUUUGUGAAAAAUGACGUCAAUUCUACAGCAUAAUUGCCAGAAAACUGGACAGUUAUCGAGAAGACCUGGCACGAGGUUGAGUGUUUUUGGUAGUGUGUACAAAAUGGCGGAACUUUUUCACUGGUUUCGCGAGGAGGAAACAGGUAAACUACUGGCUAAAAACAUAGCAAGAGCAGCAAGAAUAUAACUCGACGGACGACAUCUGCUUUUUGGAGAAUAUUUGCAGACUUGAACAACCUUUUAUCUCCUAAACGUGCCAAUAAACAUGCAAUCGAAGACUAACUUAACAUCGAUGGAGGUAAGCAUGUUUUGGCUUGUUUUUAAACUAGGAAUUAUUUUGAAUGAAUAAUAAAACAAUUAUUGAAUUCUGCUGACGUAUCAUCUGAAGAAUUAUGGAGAUCUCGGAGGGUGUUACCUGCCUGGGCCUAAUCGGCCUCGACGGAUAAUGUAAGGAGAGAUCUUCCAUGUAUUCUUUAUUUGUCUCGAAUUUUAUAUCUAGCUUUCAAAUAUUUGCUUUGACGUUGUUUUAGUAAUUUCACACUGAAUUUGUUCUGAGCUUUUUAGCUCCGCAAAAAGGGCUCGAGCCGUUUUUUUGUCCUUUGUUUUAGUAGCUUUUUGUUCGCUUAAGCAUGUAAUAAUCGUAGAAAAGCCAACAGUGUUCUUAACAAACAAAACUAAUUGCCAUUUCCUCUUUUCAACUGUACACAUUUUAUUUCAAUGUUGACUUUUAUAAACAAUAAUUUGUUUCUGAAUAAUGUUUAUUUACGUGUUAUUUAACUUUAGUCCAUCUUACGUGAUGUUAUAUAUAUUUGCGAAUAUAUAUUUUAUUAAACCGCUAGUUAAAUAGAGGCAACAGCCGAAUUUUGAAUAUAAAAAGUUUUGCUGUCUUACAAUUUUUGAAAUAGUUCGGGUUUUUGUUCAAGGUAAAAACUAGCAGUUAGUCUGCGCUUCUUUCUAUUGAAACAGCCGUUUGCUGCACUUGUAUUUUCAUUCAUAUUGUAAUACUUUGUACAUAAACGCUGUUUUGCUGACCCGGCUAGGUCUUUGUUUCAGUACUUUUACUUUUUAUAAUAGUGAAGACUGUUAUUGUUAGACUCAAAGUAAGAGACCAAGAAACAUAAGCCAGUUUAUCAGACCGAGAUGUCUUAUUUGCCGAAUUGCCUUUCCAUUGGGUCUCCAGGCCCGAAAGUGACGCCAAAGUUGAAGAAUCUAAACCCAAGUUCAAGUUUCACGUAUCCAGUUACAAGUUCAAGCCGAUCUGCACUUACCACACGAAGUUCAAUCGCAUUUUCCACUCCUAAUCAAGCCCAAAUAAUAGUUUCUCGAGAUACCCGCGUCGAUAGCGACGACGAGUCCUUUAUGUGCCCAAGCGACCCUGAAGAAUAGGUACGCCGUAUACACACCCCAACGCAUUGCCAAGUACGCUCGUACCAAUUAAGUAUAUUUUUCAUGGAACAUUCAGAAGAAGAAAACAGUGAUCCGGACGACGAAGACAAGACGGAACAGUCCCGAACCGAAAAGGAAACGUCACACAGUUGCCGCCUUUGGUGAUUAAUUUGCCCGCAGAGUUACAAAAAUAAGUUCCACAAAGACCUUUCUGUGAAGAAAACCAUCUAACCGACUACUCGAUUGAAUCAAGAGCCAGUGAGGACGAGGCUCAAAAUUUUCCCGACGAUAACAAGAAGGAGUUUCGCACAACCCACGUCAGGUCUACAGAGUUGCUUAAAAGCUUUCAAGUUUAAAUGGCUGCUUUACAAACUCAAUUAGAGUCAGAGCAAGAGCAGCAAAAGAAAACAGUCAACGCUUUCGAAAACAGCCCGAUUCGAGAAGCCGCCAGUGCACCUCGGCCAGCUCCAUUUCAUGGAUAUGACUCUGAAGAUGUAAACCGAUGGCUAGAGAUAAUAGAAUAUUACCUCAAAUUGCGAUGUAUAGACACUGGUAGUCCCACAGACUUGGCUGAGUUGGUCAUGAAUCUCUUGGACCUGCAGAAGGUUCUAUGACCUAUAACCGAAAGGCGACGUUUGGCCAGUUACGAGACUCCCUGAAUGAGCGAUUUUUCAAUGACAAACAGAGCUGGAUAACCUGGCAAGCUGUAACUUCCAGGAAGCAGGGAGAACUAGAACUGGACACUUAUGUAACGGAGCAGACCAAUAACUUCCGACGACUAAAUAUCACCGAUGCAGAGAAAAUUAACUACAUUCCGCGAAGCAAAACGGCAGUUGACUCGUCUGUAGACAACGAGUAAUCCGCCGCGUCUCGCCUUUGUCGCGUAGGGUGAUUUUCACAGGCGCUCGCGUUUCGCUUGCUCUACUAUACCUGAGGAAAAUGGGGACUACUCGUAAUCUAGCUUGUCUGGCGUGUCCCGAAAACGUAGGAGAUGUGACCUCUUCCGGCAAGUAAUGAUCUUCCCAUCUGCACUGACCCUCCCACCCGCGAGGAAACGGCUGAAGCAAUUGCUGCUAUGAAAACCAACAAAGCAGCUGGCCUUGAUUGUGCAAUUACUGCAGAGGCUAGUAGUGGGGAUCUCAAAAGAAGGAAAGGGCUUGCAUGGACAGCUUUUUGUAAGCUGGAACGUCUGUGGAGAUGCCCUAACAUCUCUAUCUCCGCCAAGAUCAAGCUAUUUAAUACUACCUGUGUCACUGUCCUUCUAGAUGGCUAUGAGUCAUGGGUCCUGUCGAAAGCAAUGGAGAGCGACAUCAAUGCCUUUGGUACCUCAUGUUAUAGAAUUAUGCCCAACAUCAAGAGAAUUGAUAGGGUGUCCAAUGCUAAAAUCUAUGAUCUAACUCAGACUGCCCCGCUAGUAGAAAAUGUCAGAACCCGCCAACUGAGGUUUCUGGGCCAUGUACUCAGGAUGGCUGAUGAUGAGUCAUGCAAGGAGUACGCACUGUAUAUUCCACCACAUGGGAAGAGAAAACCAGGAAGGCAACGAACCCUGUUUCUCAGAUACAUUCAACACCUUUUGGGAGACACAGACAACAUGAUUGGCCCGGGCAAGUUGUCUGAAUUGGCACAGGAUCGUUGUGGCUGGAGGAAGCUCGUAGUCGCCUGCUCUGCAGCCGACCAAUGAUGAUGAUGAUGAUGAUGAUAGAGAUGUGAAAACCGUGAGUGGCGACGCUUUACCUGUCCUGGGUAGUUUAAGAUCUACCUUCUUCUCGGAAAAGAUUUCCUGCGGGAAAAUGGAGCCAUUAUCAAUCUAAAGGAGAGUACCUUACCGUUGGAUGGCAGCAGCGAUGAACCUGAAAAAGAAUUUGCAAACGGCCUGACUUGCGAUCAAACCCCCUACGGCCAAACGGACGUAAAGAAUUCACUGAAGAAAAGUCUACGACAAAGGUUACACCUACUAAGGCCAAGAGCCUCGCAAAAAGGUGUCUUGCCACAGCUUUCAUAGGAAAACUAUUCUUCCCAUAAGCCUCUACCAAACCAAAGGUGUUCAAAGAAAGAAAUCGCCGUUUUCAGCAGAUUCCCGCAACCUGCUACAGUGGAAAGUCGAAUGUUUCUCGUUUAUUGAUCCCUCAAUCCUUUUUAACCGCGCUUUGUAUCGCUUUAUACCUUACUGACUGAAUCGCACGCAACAGUGCCAAACUAAAAGGUCCUCAAAGUACAGAUGGCUCUAGGGAUAGCUACCUUCCAAGAGUAAGCUUUCGACAUAAGAAACGCUGCAGGUGUACCCGUCUACAAGUGUGCACCACAAAAUCCCAAGGAACCAUACAACACUGUAAAAGAAAACGAAAAAUCCCAGAAAUUGAGAGACCCUUCUCAGCGGGUCAAACAAGGACUAACAGAAAAUUUUCCACCUAUGAUGAGUCUCGUAGAUUUCCGAAACAGACCAGUUUGUGAAGUCAUGUGAAGCAGUUCUACACUAAAGCACAGAUUUUUGUCCCCACAGCGGCGCUCAAUAACAUGGUCAUCAUCAUUAAGCAUAAUGAUUUACGCAAAGUAAGGAUUUAUCUCAAGGCAAAAGUUUAUGAUUCAUAUAGGCAAGUCUCUCUGAUCAUUCAAAAAAAAAACUUUUUUAACGUUGUAUUGAACAAGACCUGAGACGUCUGAGUAGCAAGAAUAACGACAUUACGCGCUAUUUUCACUUUCAGGUUUUUGGUUUAUUUAUGACGGCGAUCCUUUGAUUUGUGGGAACAGUUCAAGUGCAGGGUAAAUUUUGUAACAUGCAUGAUCCAAUAAUCAAUAAAUCUAUUAGCGUAUUUAUUAAAUGACUAAAAUGCUUCUCUUUUCCUUGCCUAGUCGGGAUUCUAUCUGCAAUGUAUCAACACUAGCUUAUGUUACGCCGUCUCUUCAACAGAACACCGCGUUAGUCAUUUCCGUAGAAAAUCCAUUGUACUGUAUAUACAGUACAAACUAUUAGCUUAUCAAGGCUACAGAUAUCAUCAAUUGAUUUUAUGUUCUAUUCGUUUUCCCUGCUUAAGAUCUUGUCCAUCCAAUUACACAUGCAUGCCUAAUGCUGGUCCAAACCCAGAUCAUGGUUACACGACAUUUGACAACAUGGGUUGGUCUCUUAUUAUGGCUCUGCAAAUACUAACAAUGGAUUUCUGGCAAAACAUUUACAACAAGGUAAGUAUAUCAAUUGAGAUUUUCUCUGGAAUAAACCAGACUUCGUCAGGCCUAUUUCAGGCAGUAAGCCGUGGAAAAGUGGUGAAAAAUAUUUAAGUGACUAUCGUGAGACAAACUAUAAACUGUCGUAGUGUAACUGUCAAAAUUGAACACUUAUCAUUCCUUUUAGAUUACAAGAUCCUCUGGAGCGCAGUACGUGCCAUAUUUUGUCAUCGGAAUAUUCUUCUGCGCUUUUUACCUGAUGAACCUUGUAUUGGCGAUGGUGUACUUAUCAUAUGAACAGGAAUUAUCUUCAGACGGAAAGGAGGUACUUUUAGAUACCUUCUAAUUCAAUUAACAUAGGUAGGCCAACUCAAAGAGUGAACCAACCAGCGUAUCAGUUGUUGCUGUUUUUUUUUCGCGGCGCAAUUCCUCGCGACGAAACUCUCUCCUCGUCCCUAACAAGUUUGACAAUUAUUGAUGAGUCAAACCAAAUUUCGUUACCUUUCGCUCCAAAUGUUGAUUCACAACCUUCUAAGACAGCGAAAGCAAGGAAUAAACACUUUGAUGAAGGACCUGUGCUCAAAAAUACUCUAUUCUCUUUACCUUAUCAGUUAGUCCUGUCUUGCUCUGAACAAUUCAGUUCCACUCUAGCUGCUUUGUGCAGUAUAUUAUACAUGUACAUCCCCAUUAAUUUGUCCCCAAAGGUGGUACCGCGCCAGUGAUGAUUGACCAGAUUGAUUAUCCUUUACUUGUAUUCUUUUAUGACACGAGAUUGAAAACCGUUCUAUUAAUUCGGCAGAAUAGCUGCAGAACUCUCUUACAUUGUGUUGUUUUGUGCGCAUGAUUUAUUAGGGUGAAAAGAUGGAUCAGCAACGAACUGGUUGUUCAUAUCAAGCAGACAAGCGAACGUUGAAACGUCUUAUUCUAUUAGAUAGAAACCGAACGCCUCCAUCAGAUGAUGAAGCCAAAGAUGCGGAUUCGAACGCAGGGAAGCGCCGUAAACCACGUCGCCACCUCUUAACAUGCCGGCUAUUAACAAAAAGGUCUGAGACAAAUAAAGUGACGAGCAAGGCCCUGCCUCAUAUGAAAUCCUGUUGGAAAAUGGUACGAAGGUGCAUGCAUCAAAUCACCUCCCAUUCUGCCUUCGAUUUUGUGAUUCUACUGCUAAUAGUUUUGAACACAGUGGUUCUGGCAAUGUACUACCAUGGUAUUCCUGCCCAGUUAAGGCGCGUCUUAGAUAUUUUGAAUUGGGUGAGUAAAAGUUAGUGAUCGUUUACAUGAAUCUGGGAUAACAAAUCUAACUGUAGAUUUAUUAGACAGCUCCAGUUUUAGGUAAUUAUAGACCACGUCUGAUUAUUCUGAUAUCCUUAAGCUUGCUGUAGGAGCCUGUAUUAAGGCCGUCCUUGGGGUCAAACGAUCGCGAGAAAUAAUAGUGCGGCCAGUUUUAGUCAACAGGACAUAAGUACUACUAGGAUGAUCUGUUUUACACGCUAUAUUUAUGACUGAAUCACUAAAUCACUGAGAUUCGAAUAUACGACAUCAAUGCCUUUGUUCUUUGCUAAACAGGUGUUCACUUGGUUGUUUACGACUGAGAUUCUUUUUCGUGUAAUCGCUAUGGGACCGACAGAAUUUGUCCGCGUUCGAUGGUACUUGUUUGACACAGCUGUCGUGGCAGCCAGCUUACUGGGAUACUUAAUAGAUGCUGAAGGGCUCAGUAUAUUCAGAACCUUUAGAAUGGUAAGCAUACAGGAAUCAUUUCAUUCCAAAGAAAGAACCUGUUAAGGUCUGUUGGCGGUUUAUUUUGCUGAGAAAGAUUUUAUCUGGCAGCGCGACACAAUUGAAAAAGAUAUACGUUGACAGCUUUGGACUUUGAAAAUGUCAAUAUUUUGAUGACUGUAUUUUAUGAUAGCUAACAUGUUCAGAAAGGAAACCAAGGAGAUGUUCGCAAUUAAAGCUAAAGGAUCGCAACUAAUUGAAAAUUCUCGUACGAAUUUCGUACCGUCGUGUUUGUAACUGAAGUCUGAGGUGACUCGACCCAGUAUUUUAAUAGGCACACCCUCCAUCUUUGAAUUUCAUACUUAAUCAAAUCGAUCUUUACUGUAAAACCAUUGUAACAAACGGAUUACUAUUAGACCGAACUUAAUCAUGAUAUUAGUUUUUGUGCGAUCGGAAUAAAUGUCACUUGACAAUGGCGUCACAAUGGUUUUAGCUCUAAAUCGAAUUUCAGCCCUAUUCGGCAUUUUCUUCUGAAAUGCUUUACGCUACGUAUUCUUUGGAUGAAUGUCUUCUGCUGUGCGAAGCUUCACAAAAAUCUAUGAGAGGAGCUUCGAGAUAUCUUGGAAUUUCUACAAAAAGGGCAUAAAUUAUGCAUACACCGAAGACUGGACUUAAUACAGACAAAUUUGCUACUUUUGGGAUAUUUCCGAAAAGGUUUUAUACGCUCUAGAAGUCGCUGAAGAACACAAUGCUGAGCUCUUUUUGUAAUUUCUAAGGCUGGUUUCACGAAAACAGCGAUUAAAACAAAACUCGUCGAUAGACUUUUUUAAAACAUUUUCAGUACGUUUUCUAUUAAAUCCCAGAAGUUCCUUCCGAUUCAAAACUUUAAAAGUUGUCUAACAUGGGCGCAAGAAUGAGUAAAUAUUGAAGCGAUGUCAUAGAUUUAGAUGUUUCAUUUCUCUGGGAUUUCCUAUUGUUCUGAGUUUAGCACAACAUCAAAUUCCCAUGAAGUACGCGAGAAUUUACCGAACUUUUUGUACAAAUUCCAAGAUAUCUUGAAAUUCCUCUUAUACAUUUUUGUGAAGCUUCGCACAGCAGAAGACAUUCAUCCAAAGAAAAAAAAAUUCCGAAUAUGGCUGAAAUUCGAUUUAGAGCUGAAACCAUUGUCAUGUCAUUGUCAAGUGACAUUUAUUCCGAUCGCCCAAAAAUAACAUCAUGAUAAAGUUUAGUCGAAGUGUAAUCCAUGUGUCAUAAUGGUUUUACAAUGAAGAUCAAUUUGUCUCAGUAUAAGAGAUUCAAAGAUGGAGGGUGUGCCUAUUCAGAAAAUACUGGGUCGAGCCACCUUAAUGGUCUGGUUUUAACGUAUCUCCUUGUAAUAGCGUGUUUAAGCUUCUGUGUGCUUACAUAAGAUUAACUCUUUCCCAUUUAGGUACGACUCUUGCGUUUGGCGAAGUCCUGGAAGACGAUGAAAAGAUUGAUGAAGGCCAUUUCUAGAAGCAUAGGACCUGUUGGCAACAUCACACUCAUUCUUGGAGUAGUUAUCUACAUUUUUGCUGUCCUAGGAAUGAAGAUAUUUGGCAAGGAUUAUAAAACAGAUAAGUUUGGUGAUAGUGGAGUGCCACGCUGGAACUUUAGUGACAUCUGGCACGCUUUCUUGAUGGUUUUUCGUGUGCUAAGCGGGGAGUGGAUCGAGCCUCUCUGGGACUGUAUGAGGGUCACAAGCGCUGCCAAGGCCAUCCCUUACUUUCUAACAGUUCUCGUCAUUGGAAACUUUCUGGUGAGUAGCAUUUGUUAAGAGUGAGAAAAAGAUUGACUAAUUUGCUCAGAAUGAACAAACAGUAAGUUAGGUCAUGCCCAGAUUGAGAAACUAUGGCAGAAUAACUGGCUGCCCGGAUCCACUUACUCCUUCCAUAAAUAGUUUUUCAAUCUUUAAAUUAUGAAAAAGCUUAUUGAGUACGGCAUAUUGAUUACUUCAUCAAAAUAACAACGAAGAUAAACUGUAUGGCACAAGGAAUGACUAUUUAAAACUAUUUAAAAUGACUAUUUCAAACUUAUUGAUUGAUCGAUCAUUAUUCUCAUACAGCAUGUAAGUUCUGAUAGUCUUGUUCUUUACCAGGUCCUCAACAUGUUUGUCACUUUAAUAGUGAACGCCUUUGACUUCCAAGACAAAGAUGACAAUUCAGAUGGCGCAGAUGGUACAAAGUCUACCAUAAAAAGGAUAUUUAAAACACGCAGGUCCUGCCUUUUGAAGGAAAAUAAUCGUGGGUCUUUUCGUCCUUGCAAGCUUGAGGUUACAGAGAGUAAACACCCUGAUGAGCAAAGCAAUGGCGUUUCCUUGGCAAUACACACAGGAGAUCAUGACUGCAAAGAAUACUGUAAAAGUAUAGACAUAAUAUAUAUUUUUACUAAUAAUUUACUAAAAUAAUUUGAGUCUACACUUAAGAGAGAGUUUUCAUUGGCUCAUUUUAGUAUACUUUCUAAAUCAACUUUGUGGUUGCCCGUAUAUACACCAUCCAAAUUUCAAUGUUUUGUUUCCUUUUGUAUAAUUUCCAAUCUACUUCCUUUCGUCGAAUUACAAUAUAUUUUGUAUUAUUUAUUCAAACUAUUACCAAGCCUUAUUUAAGAAAACUAAGCAGCAUUCAACAAAGGUAGUAGUUUUGUGGCCUGCUUGCGUGUAGCCAGUUUUGUUUGUUGUGAUUGGUGAAAAUUCAAUAUCUUUAGUGUUCACGGUUUUCUGGCUUGCCAUUAGACCAAUCAGAAACGGAGAAAUAUUUGGAAUGAAUAAUGUUGUAUGUGGGUCUGGGUUUGGACAUAUGUCCUCAAUGAUAUCGGCCAAUUUUUUAUUUUCUUCAAGAUCACCUUUGAUACUUACUUUAACGUACAUGAAUUAAUCCGGUAUAUUCUAAACUAAAAAACAGUUGAUUUUAUUUCAGCAUUUCUUUUUGAUCCUUUUUUAAAUCUAUCCAGUAAUGAUUCUGAAUUUGAUUGGACAUACUACAUUUGACAUGCUAUUUCGAAAUAAGCAUCAUCAUACAUGAAUAACAUUACUAUAGCUUUAGUUUUAAUUUCCUCUUUCUAUGCAGCCUUAGACAACGUUAUCGACAUUGAGAGCUCAAACAAAACAAUCAGUGAAGGUACGAAUUUAAUGGAUGGCGUUGAUUCUCCUCCGAGUGUCAAAAUGGAACGUAUAAAAGAGGGGAUUUCUGAAAAUGGUGUGGUAAAAUCAGAGCCAGUUCCUUCGUUUAAAAUCAAGGAAUUAUACAUAGAGGACUGCCUCCCUGAGCACUGCGCAUUUGUAGACUGUCAACUGUGCAGGCCUUUAUCGACGGAAAGCAUUUCCUGGCUUAAGUUCCGCGGCCGGGUACGAAUUUUUGUGGAAAAGAAAUACUUUGACUGGUUUAUUCUCUUCAUGGUGUUUUUCAGCAGUUUUAUGCUGGUAAGUUAUUUUAUGCUGUGCAUCUUUUAACAUCUUUACAAUGAUUUACUUCAUAGAAGUUAUUUUGGCCUUGUCAAUCUUUUAUCAUUUCAUUUUUUUAUGGCAGCCAGUGGUCAGGGUGGGAGUUCAUAACCCUGUUCAGCCCGGAACGCCCGGAACUACAGCAUUCUGGCCACUUAGCCACGCUGAGAUGUUAUUUAAAUGCAAUCUCUUUCAUAGUAAACAGUACAGUAAAUGAAAAAUGCUUACCGAAAGGUCUUAUUAAAACUCGUAGGUUUUUGAAGACGUUAACCUGCACAAAAGGCCAGAUCUCGAGAAAACCUUGGAAAUACUCAACUACAUUUUCGCAUGCGUCUUUACGCUCGAGUUCCUACUUAAAGCCAUAGGUUUUGGCCUCACGAAGUACUUCGCUUCUCCUUGGAACUGUUUGGAUGCCUUUAUUGUCUCAGUGAGUAGAACUUGAACUAUUAAGCUCCCUACGGUAUAAACAUUUGUAUAAAGGCUGGAUAAACGCAUCGCUGAUAGUAUGUGUUUUACCUCACAGAUUUCACUCGCUUGUCUAUUUGAGAACAAGCAAUUGUCUGUGUUUCGUUCUCUACGUACGUUACGAGCAUUGAGACCACUCCGGGCCAUCUCACGACUGGGGGGAAUGAAGGUAAUCAAAACUUGCUAGUAAAAUGUCCCGGGGGAAUUGAAUUAAGUCAUGUUAAGUCACUGUUUCUUGAAACAAUGACCAUGGUGAUUUAGUUAGCUAGAUAACAAAGAUCAUCCUAAGGUAAAACAAAAGAAUACAAAUUGAUGUGGUCCUUCUGAUCAAGAACAUACCCAAGCCAAGCUAUCAAAGAGUUUGUCCGGUUUCGUUAUUAAAUUGGGUGCAAUAGCUUUUUGAUGAUGGACAUGUUAUUAAACAGACCGCCCGAAAACACAACACAGCGAUUCGCGAUUCACCAUUCCAUUCAGGUUUAAUCCCCAUAGAAAUCGUACCCAGUUCAAUAUAAAGUAAAACGUAGUUUAUUAGAUGACUACUCAAUCUCAUGUGAAGGCAUUAAACACUGUUUGUAUUCUCCUUCUUAAGGUAGUGGUGAAUGCGCUUUUUGCUGCUAUACCAGGUAUUGCAAAUGUCCUGGUGGUUUCCCUUCUCUUCUGGCUGAUAUUUAGCAUUCUUGGCGUUCAUUUCUUUGCUGGAAAAUUCUACAAGUGUGUGGAUGAAGACAACGCCCAGUUACCUGCCAGUGUGAUCGUCAGUAAAGCAGAAUGUCUCAACCACACCAUGGACGGAUACCGCUGGAUCAAUUCCCAAGUGAAUUUUGAUAAUGUCUUAGCAGGCUUCCUUGCACUGAUGCAAGUUGUAUGUUGCCACUUUUUUUUAUUUUUUUUAUUUUUUGCAUUAACUUCUGGCUAAUGACAUUUAAAUAUACUACGAUAGGCACUAAAGUGACGGUAAGGUUAGAAAAAUCCCACCAACCACCUACCUUUAAAACUGAAUGUUGGUUAUUUUUGUGUUGAGGGUAUUGCAUUAAUUGUUUGUACAAAGUACCGGUAAUAUUAUAGGCGUUUUGGGUGAAUAGCGUAAAAAAUAGAAUUUAAAAACUAGCAUGGACGGCUUUAAUAUGAAAAUAGGAGGAAACUUUUUGAAGCUAAACUAACCUGCAGUAUAUUUUUCCCCGUAUGAGAAUGAAUCAUCGUCAUGGGUGUCGCUGUGGCGUUUCGUAAACAUUUAAUUGUGUUUCGGUUUUUAAAGGACACUACAGCUGGCCCUUUCGUCGUACCACUUCCACGUAAUUAGCGCUCAUUCUGUUAGGUGUACAAUGCACUGCCUUGCAUACUUAAGUAACGAAGUCUCUCGCUGAAUUUUGUGCUUAUAUGACGUGUUUUAGGCGACUUUUGAGGGUUGGAUGGAAGUUAUGAAAGACGCAGUCGACUCGACUAAGGUGAGUAUCAAAUUCUUCCUAGAGGAACAUAUUAAAAUUGUUGCGUAGCUAAGAUCAAAUAAAAAUUUGGCCAUUGUUUUCUUAUCGGAGCUGAUACGACCAAGUGCAGACCUCCUCAUUUUCCAUACCAUGAUUUAAAAGAGGCUGACACUAUCAUUACUAUGAUCAUGGUGUUAUCUAGCCGCCUUUUAACUGGAUGAAUAUCUCCUGCCAGGGUCCAGACUCUUUCUGGUUUUCCACAUGCGUUUUUGAUCGGUUUAACGCCGAAAUUACUUCUGAAAUUUCUAGAUUUAUCCUUUUUUUCAUUUUGUGAAUAACGUAGACUGAUCUUAGAAUUUAUGGGCUCGAUUCAUCUAAGCUGAAACAUAUGAAGGUGUGGGAACAACCCUGAUGAUCAGGGGCGGAUCCAGGAUUUUUUCAAAGAGGGGAUUGUAAGUAUGAGAGUUCAAGGCAAACGUCCCGGGGCCAAGAAAUUUUCUAUUUUCCAAUUCCCCAUAAUACACUCUGUUUGCCCCCCAAAUUUUGCAUAAACCAUUGUUUUUAAAUGCUCCUGGGAGUAUUGCAUUUUCCCAAGAGCAUUUUAAGACAAUAAGUUAUGCAAAAUUUGGGGGGCAGACAGAGUGUAUUAUGGGGAAUUGGAAAAUGGUCAAUGGGGGAGGGGGAGUUGGAGGGUAAUGUUUGAAUAAGUAGAUUUUCGACAUUUUGAUUGAAGAGGUAUAAAUUUGUCAAAUUUGAGACAGUUAUAUUAAGGACUAAGAGUACAGUGCAAGAACGAUAGUUGUUUGUCAAUCAGACUAGCUUGAAAGAGCCUUGUUGAAUGAGCCUUUACAAAGUCUUGCUGGCAUAUCUCGUCUUUCUCGAAUCUCCCGGAGUAGUAUGUGGCGAUCUUCUGCGAGAUCAGAGAAUCGCUCUUCAGGCGUUGUUGACCUAGAGCAGGUCUGGAUUCAUUUCAUCAAUGAAAACGACGGCUCAGCUUCCGCGUUUGUGAUCGUUAGGGUGCCAGCAAUGACCAGAAGGCGACAGAUGUUUUGUUAAGGCAUCUUCAUCGCAAACACCAGGUGCUAAUAUAAGCUUGUUUGGAAGCUCCCUAUCUGUAGACGACCAGAGUGUUUUCCAUCUACUUAGUACCUAAUUUCGAAGAGAUUUGAGAAAUGGAAUAUCUUUCUCCCAGAACGGCAUGCUUUCUACUUCAUCAUCCAGCUGCAGUGCCUUAUUUACUAUAAUCGAUGGCACGACACAAAGCAGAUGGCGGGCUUGGCGAUCUUCGUCAGAAAAUCGACCUUACAUUUGGAUGAUUAAGGAGUCAAGAGGAGGAAUAGCUACAGUCUUCUUGCAAGAUCGAUUUGACUGGAACUAACAUUAUAACUUAUAAUAUGUUUUGGGCAUGAAAAAGGGAUAGACAUGGAUAGCCAGACAAGUUUGAAAACUUCCCAAAGGGGGGGUUGCAACCCCCUCAACCCUCCCUCUGGAUCCACCUCUAUCAUGGGAGUUGUAUACAUGUUCUUUUGGCCUAUGAUCAAGUAGUUUGAAGUUUUCUGGUUUCGCCUUUUAUCGACUGAUAUUGUAACAUGGUGUUAGUCCUGGGUUUUCCAGACGAACUGCGAGGUGAGCUGACGCUGUAAAAUCCUCAUGUUGACUGCCGUAUAUUCGACGCAGCCGAACUCCAGCAGUACGCGUUUAACACAUCAUCACUUACUGUUACCGAACGUUCACUUCAUUUCUCUUAGAAAACUCAAGGUUCGAGCACUCAUUUUCUCAGCCUCGUCUCUGUCCGGCCCUCGAAAAAUAUGCGACAAAUGUAACGAGAAGACACCUUUCACGGCUGUGAAAGAAUUAAGUGCUGUAAUGUGUUAGUGGACCAUGAGCCUCCCCUUAAUCACGAUGUGCACACGAGCUUUGGAUCUCUUGUGCUGGAUAGUGUAUCUGGCACUCGAAAGAAAAAGGUGCGGGAAAGGAUGUACAGAUCAAAGCAGUAUCUUAUUCCGAAGCUACAGUCAUUUCCUAUGAGCUGUACAAAGAAGUCAGAAGUUCAGCAAUCUUUGAAGAGGUGGAUUACAUCUAAACCCAUUCAUCCAAAGAGCUGUGUGAGGCUUUCAACUUGAUAAGGGAGUCGUGAUAUAAACCUGUUGUAUCCUGUCGCUGAUGGAAACUUUACACCAUUGUUGGGGUGUGAUGCUUGCUUACACAUAGAAGUUCUCGAGUUUACGAAUCUCGAACUGAUUUUGCGUAGUCCUUGUAGGCCUUUUCCCAGUCCCUGUCGGUCAAUUCAACUCGGUGACGUAUCCGAGGCAAACGAGCGGGAAACGCCUAGACAAAAACAGAAUGCGCAUGUGUGUGUUGCUUUUUGAAAUUCAAGAGACCUCAAGAUGUUGUCGGUGAUGGUUGUUUUUCAAACCCUUAUGCAUAUUUGCGAGAUCGAAUUUUGCCGACCGGCUUUGAAAGUCAUCAGAAUGUUAUUCAUAGUCCUGUGAAGAUUGAUUUCUGCUCCUUCAGUCUCAUCAUUCCAACUGAAUUAUCAGAGUUUGUUGCUCCUACCUGACUCUUAACCCAUAUUUCAACCGACCGUGCGAAUUUUCAAAGUACAAACGAUACUUUAGUGACCUUCUAUGUAGUAAACGUAGAGCGCAGAUCUUAAAUAAUCAGAAAUACCGAACCGGGUGAUUCAAAUAAAAUUUAUUAAAUUAGCGGCGUACUAAAAAGUGCCAAAAAACUGAACCUAAAAGUAAUAAUCCUAUAAAUUCACCGACCUUCGCAGAAGUGAUGCAUGUAAUGUGAGAAGCUAAAAAUUCAACUUGGAUGUUGUAGCCUCAGGAUCGUGUUUUGAGCUAAUGUUAUCAAUGAAAGAACACACAACAGCAAACGGAGAAAUUAUUUUUCGAAAAACUUUAUUUAAAUCUCAGAAAUUAAUCCUUAAAAGCAAUUCGCGUAACAAAAACUUGGCGAAAUGGCACAUGGCGAAAAUUAUCAACACAAAUCUCAAAUCAAGGCGCUCCAGCCGAUCUCAAAAUGUAUAAAACGCCAAGAUCAAAUAAGUACAAGUACAUAAUUUUCCUUUUAAAAACGUUAUUUUCUUGACGAUAGAGUACAAAAUGUACCGGAAAAUUCUCAAAAACUUCGCUGCCUGGUUGCGUUUCAAAACAGGCCAAACGCUCCGAUGAUCGAAAUUUCGUGAAUUUCGAAUUUCUCGAAAGACAGUUUUGUAAAGAAAAGCCUUCCUUUGUCUACUAGAAGAAACCUAAGCAUUCUUUUGCACUUUACCUUUUCCAUCUGUGUCUUUCAGCGGCGUAUCUUUAACCUGGAAAUGCAAAAUAAAUGUAAACCAAUGCUUUGAGCUGUCUCACUUUUGAAGAUUUUUGUCUAGGCCUCACAUUUUUGCUUGGACCUCGUGACCCGAAACGGUUUGGCCCUGCGGAAUAAUAAGACCUAGGAACUAGGCAAGAAUUGACAGAUACUCAACAGUCAGAAACAUCUGUGCAAGAAACUCCAGGUGUUUUCCAAACUGAUUUUGUGUUGCGUAAUUAACAAAGUACAUUUGGAGGUUGCUCUCUUGAAACCUCUAAUAGUACGCCCUCCCAGGAAAAAUUGCCCUCUUUGAACCAACACGAGAUGGAAGGAUGGGAGAAGAUGGGACUAUUGCCAAAGAAGACAAACACUUCCCUUAAGUUUUAUCUAUACUAGUGGUUGACAAGCGAAAAGUGAAAGAAAGGAACACUCCACCCUCAAACAAUGAUUGUUGAAUUUGCAUUGACCCAAGGUACCUAAAAAGAACUUGAGAUACCACACUAUUCAAUCGUUACGGGGAAGGAGAAAGUUGCUAACCGACUUCAUGUGCUAACCCUUGAUGCUGGCAGUGGGUACUGGCACCUACCAGUUGAUGAUAAAAGCGUAAAGCUCUUAACGUUAAAAAACCAUGGGAUCGAUAUCUACCGGAAUGUGCCAAAAAAGACGGUGGAAGAUUAUUGGAAGGGGAUCCCAGCCUGUGGAGAUUAUAGUGGAUGAUUUCCUGAUACUUGGUGAAUAUCAACAGAAGCCGGCCAAAAGGUGAGAACAGUAGUUACCGACUUUCCAGUAAUUUGAAAUAGCGCGGCUUGGGCAGACGACAGCCACUUGUGUAGUCAACAACUUGGAGAAAAUAUUUACAAGGUUUAGAAUCCCAGAUGAAAUUUUCAGCGAUAACAGACCGUUGUACAGUGCGACACAUUUGCUCAGCAGUCACCAUAGUUUAAGAGUGGAGAUAUUGCUAUACAACCAGAUCAUCAGAGUAUAUUCAAUCAAAUGGAGCAGGAGAAAAGGUUGUGAAGACUGCAAAACGCAUUCUUAAGAAGGCUGCAGCAGAAGAUAAAGAUCCAUUUGAGAGACUGUUGAACUAUCGCAACUCACCAUUUGAAGAUAUUGGCGUAACCUCUGCACAGUUGCUGAUGAGGUCGACGAACACGAACGAUGAUACCAACUCAUCGAUACCAACUGAUCGUGUUCUGAAAACUCUUCAUCAGCGACGGCGUAGUGCCAAGUCUAGUUAACACAAGCAGAUCAAUGAUUUGCCUCCACUUUUAAAUGUGCACAAGGUGCGGUUUUGUCCAAAUAGUGAAAGGAAAUUCUGCAAAGCCGAAGUAUUGCCAAGAUCGUGCCUACUGGAAGACUACGGACUUGCUCACUGGAGAAAUAGAAGGCAUAUUCUCUCAGCUCCAAAUGAUUGUCCCAUGAUUCCAAGACCAAGUUUUCCUCCCAUGCGUGAACAGCCUUGUGACUCUCCUGCAAGUCCACUGGCUGCUGAAACUGAGAAGCAAGCGCCAAGUCCAGUGAAAUUAGAAUCGAGACCGACAGAAACAGUUUCACACACACCCAUUACAAACAGAUCUGGACACCAUUUAUUUCUGUCAGAGGAGAUGAUGUACCAUUUGAGCCUUUGGGAUUCCCCCUAAGAUAAAGGGUCCCCUGAUUGCUUUACGCGAGCGCCCCGGAAAUGGGCCAAAAUCUACGUGGUGUGAGGGUGACUUGAUCUUGAACAUGGUCGAGUAGUUUUAAGUUGUGUAGUUUUGACAUUUAUAGACUUGCAUUACAACAGAAUUUUUGCUAGCCUUACGUUUUGGUUACUUGUUCGUCACCGUAUUAUAAAUUUAUCAUUGUCAUGAUCAUUCAUAAUUAUUAUUAUCAGUACUAGUUAAUACAAUAGUUAUAAACAAUUAACCAAUUAUAUUUGCUUUUAACGCUCUGUGUUGAUCCUGGCCCACAGGUUUUGUGGUUUUCUAAGCACGCGAGAUGAUUCUUUGUCAUUAACAUUUUUUGUAACGUGUGUAACUGAUAAAUGUACUUCCUCUUAGGUGGACAUGCAGCCGAAGUUUGAGAACAACUUGGUGGCGUACUGCUUUUUUGUUGCUUUUAUCAUCGUGGGUUCGUUUUUUGUGUUGAACCUGUUUGUAGGGGUCAUUAUUGACAACUUUAACACCUUAAAAAAGAAGGUAAAGUAUCAUUGGCUGUUUUUUUCCCAUACCUACCCGUAGGUAGGACCUUUGUAAACACUCCUCUUUACUCAAAAAAGUGAUAGAAUUGAACUAAAGAAAAAGGCGCGUGAACAUGUUGUCUUAAGACAAAACGUGGGAUUUGCAUUAUUCGAAACAUUGACACAUCUAUAUCUAAUAAAAACAAAAUAAGCAUAGUAAAUUCGUCAUGAACGUAAGUGGUGCCCGAAACAUUUUUUCUUAAUGCACAUGCUGCCAGAGAGAGAGAUAUUUUUCAACCUUGUCUCUUGCAUCUAUAAUGUAGUAGGUGAUGGUGCCGCUGCGGGCCCUUUGAUGAACUGGAAAAUAUUGUGAUGACGUAAGCACUGAAUUAGCGCCCCUGCUUUCUCUGGGAAAUAGAACAGAGGUGCUUCUUGACCUUCCACGGGUAAAGGUUGAAAGUAUUCCAGGUACAAAUUUACAGAAUCAAGACCAAACCACAACAAGGAUGUUGAUCUUUAGAAUGUUACGUGAUGACGAGCGCACACGUUACGAUCAAUACAAAUUUAUGCGAAAGGACAGGCAAUUCAACUGGGGUAAGAGGGCAUUCUCGCUUGGCCGAGGUGUUUUUUAUCCUGAUAUUAGCUCGUAUUAUAGCUAACCGGAUUGGUUGGGGUUUCAUGCAAUCACAAAUUAUUAAGUUGUAUCCUCCUAUGCUGUGAAUAAAAGCAUUUCAAUAAAUAUUGGAAACGAGCGAAUAUUUUGUCUACCUUAUUUAUUUUGGGGCUCUUACGUACAAACUACUGUACUUUAAUUUUCAAUCUUAGUACGAGGACAUCAGCAGCAUGGGUAUGUUGCUGACCGAUUCACAAAGAAAGUGGGUCAGUUUUCUUAAGGAAGCCGCUAGAAAGAAACCACCCACAAAGGAGAUUCGUCCUGAGGUACUAGCUACUACAGCUGGACUAUGUUCCAGACAACUUUGUUAGUCUAAAAGAGUAAUGGGAGAACUAUUAAUGAGUGUGAAAACGUCGGUUGAAGAAGCUAUGUCACGAUUUUCUGUUGUUAUUUUGAAACCCUAAAAACACAGUGCAAUCAAAGAAAACCCUAAAAUAAUAAAUCAGUUUUUUUUCAAAAUUAAUCCAGUAAUUUGACUUAACUAUAAGUGUAUCUCUUUGGCUUUCGGUGGCUAGGAGCCCGGGCAACCGGAUUACAACUUUUUCAAGUUAAACUCCUGUUUUGUUGAAAAAUAAGCAAAACCGAUCAUUCUCUGGUUUCCUUUGAUAGAAACAUUUGAUAUAUUUCAUGUAGUGUUCCAAGCAUGGCAAAGAUGGCUGUAAAAUACCCACUUGAAACUCAAACGGUUGAAGGUUGAAGACUGUGUUAUUGUUACUUAAGGAAUAAAUUUCUUAAUACGAUCUAUACAACUAAUUUUCCGAAUGCCCAAAGCCGGGCCCCUUGCUGUGCUCUUUCAUGUGUAUUUGUUUAUAUGUUCCACAGAAAAGAUUGAUCGGCCUGCUAUAUGACGUGGUAACGGGGGAUAAAUUUGAAGUCGCAAUUAUGACAGUGAUAAUGUGCAACAUGGUCAUGAUGAUGAUUCAACAUCACGGACAGUCCUCCCACGUCACCACCGUACUUCAUAUCCUUUUGCCACGAAAAGUGUUUUCAUUUGUUUCUUAUUUUCAUAAAGUGCGGUUUCUAAUUUAUAUAAUAUAUUUAAUCUGUAAGAUCUAAUAUCUACUUGUAUAGGAUAAAAACAGAAAUUUCUAAAACAGUUGCUAUUGGUUGAAGUAUAAGUACUAAGCUUUCCGUUCAUGCUUGAAGUGAAGUCCACCGAUACACAAAAGGCAGAGUUAUGUAUAAAUAUAAUUAUUAAACGUCUAGCAUCGUUUAGAGAGAAAUGUUAGUAUGUCCUGGUACAUUUGCUUAGUCCCAUCUGCUUAGUUGUCCCAACUAGCCUUAAUUUAUCACAGUCUUGCCCACGAAGUGACAGCAACCUCUUGUGACUCCUGAACGUUCCAUCAAAAACAGGCAGAAGAUUAGGACGUUACACACGUUUAUUUAUUUCAAAAAAAGUGAAUGAGUAUUGAAAAUGCUAAAUUUAGCACUUCCUUUAAUACUCAGAUUUCCUUGAAAAAUUUCGUAGGCAGAACCUCGAAUAUAAUAACAAUCGCAGAACAAGUAAUACGGUAAGCUAGUGAAUUUUAUAAAUACUUUCCUUAACUCGUGAUCACGUGUAUCCAAUUUUAUUUUCACUGGUAUCUUUGUUUUGGAAGCCAUACUAAAGGUUAUUGCACUGAAACAGCACUACUUCAAGAAAGCUUGGAAUGUGUUUGAUUUUGUUAUUGUUAUCAGCUCUAUUGUAGGUACGUAUAUCCUUGAUUGUCGUCAUAAAUUUUGAAAUUUAGCAGUCUUCCUAAAAGUUAAGACCAAAUGCAAUUAAGAUUCCCAGCUCUUUCCUCACUAAAAAACAUUUACAUGUAUAUGUUCUUUCCGGCCGGAUGGUCCGUAUAUAAAAAAGAGAGACCGGCAAAAAAACAUUUUUGUUCUCACUCUUAAAAUUGGCGGGAAAAUAAUAAUUUAGCCUCCAAGUUGAUUCAGAGCACGAACGAUUAUAAAACCAAUUAAACUUUACCUGAACAUUUAAUUAUAACUAUAAAAACAAGUGAAUCUUUCUCAUAUACCGCUUAUUUUCCGAGAGUGAGGUCCUUACAGGGAAACCUCAGACUGACGACUGUCAAUACAUAAAGGCCGAUCGCGAGGUCUGAGAUUUACCCGUGAUGACCGAACGGACGAGGUUAAUAAGUUAUUUAUUAUAUGGCCUCUUUAGCGCUGGCGAUGCGAUCGAAACCGUCAGACAUAGUUUUUUGACAAUGAGACAAUUCUUGUUUUUGUUACGUCAAGAUCUAAAGCAAAUUUAGCCACUUCAAUUUCACAAAACACACUGACCCGUGGUUAUAAGUGAUUGACCAUUAAAAAGUUUAAAAGUUGAGGUAAAGUUGGGCCCAGUUUGUGAUUGAAUUUUGUACAAGUCUCGAGAACUUGCAGUCAGCAUAGAGUAAGGCUGGUUGAGGCAGCAUGGCCCCCGUUUUACAUUGUUUUAGCAGUUUUCCUGACUGAUGCCUGGUUCAGACGUCGAACUUUUCAUGAGCCGAACCUAAUACACUAAAUUAGGUACAUGAAAAGUUCGGCGUCUGAAUCAAUUAGGAACGCCUGUUUCAAUUUGGAACAGCUCAGACGUCCUUUUCGCCAAGCGCGCCUUUGGAGCGACUUUGGAACGGCUUUGAUUCAGACGACGAACGUUUCAUGUACCGAACCUAAUGCAUAUAUUAUUAUAACCUAUUUUGUAAGCAGUUUGACCGAAAUGAGCAUUAUUCGCCUUUUGAACUUAGUUGAGCUGCAAUUAAGAUCUGCGUCUGAAUCAAUUCAGCCGGUCUUAAUAGUUUGGGUCGGCCUUAAUUCGAAAUAGGUUCGGCUCACAGAAAAGUUCGGCGUCUGAACCGAGCCUGAUUUGGCACAUAUAUUUUGUCUGGAAAACAAAGUUCACUUUUCUCUAGGUCAUGUUUCAGAGGAAAACUGUAUAAAAGCAUAGCUUUCACUCAUUCACAAAAACUAACAAACUUGUGAAUGAGGCUGCCACGACCGUAAAUUCUGCGCUAGACUGGCGGGCAAGAUAAUUGCAAAAACUGCCUUCUACAGGAACUAAUUAGAUAGAUUAGGCUUUGGAGAAUCCACCGGCUUGCAAUUCGGAGCUCUGAAUGUAGUAGGUAGCCAAAAUUUAUUCCGACUUUCAGGUAACUUUGGCAGAAGUUUUUCUUCUCAGAUAGCCUUUAUCGGACCCACUACUAAGUCUCCUCCUUUAAUUCCUCAUCUUAACAACUCGGGUUUGGUUUGAGGUGCUUCAAAAAUUUAUUUAUUAAAUUUUCUCUCCAAGAGUUGCUUGAGUGGAUAGGGGAUUAAUCUAGUGAAUAGUUUUGAUGCAGACUAAAAAAAUAUUUUAUGCCUUUACAGAGAUUAUCCUUCGGGAGGUAAAUGUGAAUGAAGAUAUGUUCAGCCCCAGUCUUCUUCGUGUUCUACGCAUCUUUAGAAUUGCCAGGCUCCUAAGGCUGGUAGAGUUUGCCAAGGGAAUACGUCAGCUGUUGUGGGCUCUUAUGAUUUCAUUACCAGCUCUUUUCAACGUAGGUGCACUUCUUUUCUUGGUGAUAUUUAUCUACGGAAUCAUCGGCAUGUCAGCGUUUGGACACGUUAAACAAGAAGGCGCGUUAAAUGACAUUGUAAAUUUUGCGACAUUUGGUAGUUCACUGUCAUUACUCUUUCGCUUAUCAACUGGCGCGGGAUGGAAUGACAUCAUGGAUUCCUUGCUACUGAAACCGCCAGACUGUGAUCCUAACUACAUGAAUCUUCCCCAUGGCAACUGCGGUUCCAUUGGAGCUAUUUUUUACUUGGUCAGUUACAUCGUAAUUAUCUUCCUCAUCAUUAUCAAUAUGUACAUUGCUAUCAUUCUCGAAAAUGUGUACCGUGCUCACGAGAUCGAGGAUUCCGGCAUCACCCAGGAAGACUUUGACAGCUUCUAUGUCUUGUGGGGGGAGUUUCUUCCUGACGGUAGGUUAUAUCUUCCGUUAGCUCAAUUGUCGGAGUUCGUUGCUACCCUGAAGAAUCCAUUCAAACUUCCAAAACCAAACACUGAAAUAUUGGCAGAGAUGGACAUACCGUUGGGGUCAGGAGAGGUUGUUCAUUGUUUUGACUUGCUGAAGGCGCUAGUUAAACGUGUUUUGGGAGAGCAUGGUGAAUCCCCCGAAGUUUUUCAGGAAAUUACUGUGAAAAUGGAGGCUAGAUUCAACAAAUCAUUCCGAGUAAGGAAGGCCAAAUUGCCGAUAGUUGGUUCUACUAAAUCGAAAUUAUCUGAAAGCGUGCCCGAGAAUGACCUUUGA